AAUAGCGUACACACACACACAAUCACACUUGAUACCCAUUGCAAUGAUAGCCAUUUCCUCAUGGACGCAUAGCAGAUGUGAACAAUGCGUAGGAAUCUUAAUGAAUAUAGUACCACUAUCUAAACGGCUAGGACUUCCGACAGAAAUAAGAAUAGAAUAUGAAUAAUUAAUUUCAGUUUUGAAAAGACACGAGAGCAUGAACUGCAACACUUUACGACGGUAUACUUUUUUUUUUUAUCAAGCGCUGACUAGUAUGCUGACGUCAUUAAGCGCUGACUAGUAUGCUGACGUCAUUAAGCGCUUACUAGUAUGCUGACGUCAUUAAGCGCUGACUAGUAUGCUGACGUCAUUAAGCGCUGACUAGUAUGCUGACGUCAUUAAGCGCUGACUAGUAUGCUGACGUCAAGCGUCGCAGUUCAUACCUGUAUGAAUGUCACCUUGAGUGAUGGCGAGAAGGUGAGUGAAACGUAACGGUAAAACAGAUAUCAUUAUGAACAAUUUGGGAAUAUUUCAGGACAACCCCUGUGUACAUGGAUACUGGGAUAGGAUACAAAAAACAUGUGUGGGAGAAUCCGUUACAUCAACAACAUCUGAAUCAACAACAUUACCAACAACAGAUGCAUCAACAACAUUACCAACAACAGAUGCAUCAACAACAUUACCAACAACAGAUGCAUCAACCAGUUUAAUAACAAAUUCAGAAACAACCGACUCAACCUCAUUGGCAACGUCACCUUCGGAGACAGCCACAAUCGCUAUGACCACUAUAGAACAAGCAACGUCAACAACAGCAGAUCCAACAUCAACAACAUCAGAUCCAACGACGACGACGACAAAUCUAACGACGACGACAACAAACCCAACGACGAUGACAACAGCAGAUCUAACGACGACAACAGCAGAUCUAACGACGACAACAGCAGAUCUAACGACAACAGCAGAUCUAACGACGACAACAGCAGAUCUAACGACGACAACAGCAGAUCUAACGACAACAGCAGAUCUAACGACGACAACAGCCGAUCUAACGACGACACCUGGCGAUAUUGACUGUUUUGACUGUGACUGCAUAUUAAGUAUUUCUGGUUCGAAAACGAUGGGGAAGUUUGUACUGAGCAACAACAAAGCGGUUCUCUGUAUCCUGGACAUUGCAACCAAUCAUAAAUGGACGGUUAUACAAAAACGUUUUCAUUCUGGAGGCCAGAGUUUCAACUUAAAUUGGCUGGAGUAUGAAAACGGGUUUGGAGCUUUGGGUGGAGAAUUCUGGAUUGGCAAUCAGUAUCUCCACGAGUUGACGACUGUGUAUGGUAACACCCAUCUACGUAUCGAGAUAACCGCGACCGCGGGUUACACUGGCGUCAUAGAAUACGAUUUCCACAUCGACAAUGCCACAGAGGGCUACCGACUACACACCUCUAACUACACAGGAACACACGGUGAUGCAUUCACUUCCGCUGGUGCCUCUCAUGAACGCGCAGACGGGAUGAAAUUUACAACAAAAGAUCGCGAUAACGAUAUGGAGGGUAUAAGGAAUUGUGCUUCAAUUAGUGCCGGGGGCUGGUGGCACAACGCGUGUCAAAGGUCAAACCUGAACGGGGUGUUUGGACUCUCAAAUUAUGUGUAUGGGCUGAACUGGAAUAAAUUCGUGGAGAUUGCUAGUGUUGAAAUGAAAGUUCGCAAGCCCUGAUAGAAGUGAUACGUCACGGAUGUACGAAUUACAACGAUAGGAGCAAGUUGGUAAAACAACGAUAUCUGUCGUUCCAUUUUUUACAACUAGUCAAUGCCAGAAAUUAUUUCACCACAGGAAGCCGGGGUCGGAAAAUCACCAUAUCGUGUCAGUUGAUAGUCAUUUUUGUCAGGAUAUCUUAACACAAUGACCUGCUUUGAUGUUUGUUUUAAUAAGAUACGAAUUAAACUUUGGUAAGUAAAGAAAUGUGCAUUUUCGUUUUGUUAUUAAAAAGAAAGCACUU